ACUCUGAAAAGGCCUGCAAACGUGCACACAACUAAAGCUGAAACUAAAGCAUCAAAGGUUUCUAAAAUACCUGUUUCAAAGCUAGAUUCCUCUGUGUUUUCUAGGACUACAAAGGGUGCUACCUCAGGUGCAAAUGACUCAAGGCGCAACCAGAUUGCUCAAACAGUUAAUGUACAGAGGAAGACUGGACCAAAGGCCUCAUCAGACAGUUCCAAAAUACUACAAAAUAAUCCAAAAUCUGGUCCUGCUACCAAAUCUUUAACAGCUGGUACCUCUGUUAGACAAGCUAGACGAAAAGUGGUCAUUUCAUCAUCAGAAAAACAUUCAUCAACCAAUUUGCGGCAUCCGCCUGUUACUGAGGCAAAUAACAGCUCAGAGAUCAUACCAGAUACAUUGCUUCCCUCUACUAGUCAUACACCAGACAGCCAUGAUGGUGGAGGCAACAAAGUUGCAGUUACUCUUCCUCAAAAUGCUUGCAUAACUGGUGGACAGAUACAACAUGCACAACUCCAAAAAGCAAAACCAUCAGGUUUGCGGUUGCCAUCACCAUCGCUGGGAUUUUUUGGUCAGCCAAAGGCUUCUUUGCAUAGCCCAUUACAAAGAACUUCUAGACCAUACAAUCUACCGGUGUCUAAUACUUCUAAUUUGAGAAAACCUGGUGCCACAAACCACAUUCAUGAUCUGAGGCCCCCACUUCACCCAGGAAAAAUUCCCAAUGUGACAACAAUUGGAAAUAUGACGGUCUUAGGCUCGAGUUUGGGAUGCUCAGUUCCAUCUACCGUUAACCCUGCUUCACAUAAUAAGCAAGAUGAAAAGAUGAAAUCUGUCUUGCAGAUGAAUAAUAGGCAGGUGGAAGUGAAGGUGCCAUAUGACAAUAAGUGCUAUGAAGAAAUAAAGAAUCAGAAUCAGCUUGAUAGCAUUCUUGAUGAUGUUAACCAACAAGUUCUGGAAAGUGCAGAACCAUUAAAAACUGAAGUGAUUGCUCAUAGAGAGGAGUCAGAACUACAUAGGGCAUACUGUGGACAGUUGGAGAAGUCUGAUGACAACAACAAGGUCGCAGAUGUUUGCCUGAGAAAUAGAGAUUUAAGUGGGACUGAAUUGGAAAAUCCCCCUUCAAUUUCUUCUCUUAGUUGUGUGGUGCAAGAUAAUGGUGUUUCUAAGACCAAGGACUUGAUUGAUCACCAAAGUGUAGAAGACAAACCAUAUAGUUUGGCAACUAGGAAUGAUGGUGCCUUUCCAGGGUCUAACUCUGGAGAUGUCAGUGGUAGUAGUACAACAAAUAUUUCAAAAGCAUACGAUGACUGGUUAAGCAGUGCGCAUGAUGUCAGGGAACAAUCUGAGCUGAUGAAGCCUUCCGCCUGUGAAGAUGGUAAAAUUUCUAGUGAGAGCCAGAGACUAUGGGCAAAAAACGGUAGUUUCCUCAAGGAUAAUGGAGCUUCUAAAGAGUUUCUGAAAUCCAAUUGUUUGGCAGAUGUCAGCCCAAAAAUCCAAGGUUGUAGUGAGAUUGCAUUGCGAAGCUCUCAUGGCCAAUCUUGCUUUGUGUACAUGGAGCAGGCAAAAGAUGAUUCUGGUAAAGAUGAUAAAACGAGUAGUAAUUCACUUGUGGGAGAUGCACAAGCACAGUCAUUAGAGGGUGAUAUGUUAGAUGCUACAGUAAAAAGUAGCCCCAGCACUUCAACAGUGGAUAGUCAAUAUUUCAUGGUCGUUGAUGAUGUAAAUGAAAGAAUUGGAGAACAACUGGAGCUCUGUCAGACUGUUGAGUCUGCUAUACUGGAAGCAAAUGGUGCUUGUGAAUGUAAAUCAAAUAGUUCAAGUACUCAUUGUAUGGUAUCAUCUGCAAUGCAAGACUGUAGCUGUGGGGUGGCUAAGACCAUGGCGUGCCAACAUGUCGAGGGUGCUCCAUCAGGCUCUGUAAACAACAAGCCAGUGGUUGAAAAUUACGACUCAUCUAUUGAUACACAGUUUAGACAUAAUGUGGAACUCCACGGUCAAUUUAGCCCAUCGGAAAUGGAAAUGGAAAUGGACAUGAGGGGUGAAGAUCAUAUGACUGGUACUGGUUGUCCAAAAAGUGGAGAUUUUAGUUGGAAUGAAUUGGAAAACCCUCAUCCAGCAUGCCGUCUAAGCCCUACAGUGCAAGUUAAUGGUGGUUCUGGGAUAGAUGAUGUGAUUCAGCUAGAAGAUGUGGAAGAGAAAAAAUGCAAUUUGUUAACAAAAAUUUCCAGUGCUACCUCUGAGUCACAGCCUGGCGAUGACAUUGGUGAUAGCCAUUGCGAUACUUCAACGGUGCCCAUUGAUCUUCUGAGUGAUAUGCACGUCGUCAAUGAACACUUUGUGGAACAAACAAAACUGAGUAUGCUUUGCCCUGUUGAAGCUGAUUAUGAGGAGAAUCAGAGUCCGGAAACAAGUAGCCUUUUGUCUGCAAAGAGUCAGUCUUCUGAAGGGUCUAUGAGAUUCAAUUUCAGGACUGCUGCUGAUAAUUCGAAAGUCAAAAUCUCUGGUGAAAGUGGAUAUGUGACUGGUACUGGCUGUCCAAAAAGUGGUGAUUUUAGGGGGAAUGAAUUGGAAAACCCUCAUCCAGCAUGCUGUCUAAGCCCUACAGUUCAAGUAAAUGAUGGUUCUGGGAUAGAUGAUGUGAUUCAGCAAGAAGGUGUGGAAGAGAAAAAAUGCAAUUUGUUAAUAAAAAUUCUCAGUGCCACCUCUGAGUCACAGCCUGGUGAUGACAUUGGUGGUAGCCAUUGCGAUACUUCAAUAGUGCCCAUUGAUCUGCUGAGUGAUAUGCACGUUGUCAAUGAACACCCUGUGGAACAAACAAAACUGAGUAUGCUUUGCCCUGUUGAAGCUGAUUAUGAGGAGAAUCAUUGUCUGGAAACAUAUCAUAGCCUUUUGUCUGCAAAGAGUGAGUCUUCUGAAGGGUCCCUGAGAUUCAAUAGCAGGACUGCUGCUGAUAAUUCAAAAGUCGAAAGUUCUGGUGGAAGUGGAUAUAUGACUGGUACUGGGUGUCCAAAAAGUGGAGAUUUUAGUGGGAAUGAAUUGGAAAACCCUCAUCCAGCAUGCCAUCUAAGCCCUUCAGUCCAAGUUAAUGGUGGUUUUGGGAUAGAUGAUGUGACUCAGCAAGAAGAUGUGGAAGAGAAAAAAUGCAAUUUGUUAAUAAAAAUUCCCAGUGCCACCUCUGAGUCACAGCCUGGCGAUGACAUUGGUGGUUGCCAUUGCGAUACUUCAAUAGUACCCAUUGAUCUGUUGAGGGAUAUGCACGUGGUCAAUGAACGCUCUUUGGAACAAACAAAACUGAGUAUGCCUUGCUCUGUUGAAGCUGAUUAUGAGAAGAAUCAGAGUCCAGAAACAUAUCAUAGCCUUUUGUUUGCAAAGAGUCAGUCUUCUGAAGGGUCCAUGAGAUUCAAUAGCAGGACUGAUGCUGAUAGUUCAGAAGCCGAAGGCUCUGGUAGAAGUGGAUUGGAAAGUCCUCAUGUUGAUCAACGAAGUAAAGAAGUCGAUGGAUUUAAUGACAUGUAUAAGGAAUCAAAUUUGGUGCAAUCCUCAAAUGGUAAAAUAUUAGUUGGAAGUUUCAACAGUAAUGUGAAUAUUUCGGCUGCGAGUAAUCAGUAUCUAAUGGUGGUUGAUGAUUUAAAUGACCAAUCUGGACAUCCUGAGCUUCAAAAUUCUAUCCUCAUAGUAGAGCAAGUUUUGCUAGAUAAUAACCAUGGGUUGUGUUCAAAUGAUGACUUCUUUCUUGCAAACACCACUUCCGAGGAACUUAAGAAGGAAAGUGCUAUGGCAGGAUGUGAUAUUUAUGGAAGUAAAUCAGAAAGUUCCAUGCUGUUUUCUGAGGCAACCCCUGCUUUGCAAGAGGAUGGUGUUGAUGCAGAUCAAAGGGCUGAGCACCUGCACAUGGAGGACACAGUGACGGGUUCUGUUAACAUUGUGCCAUUGGCUGAAAAUCUUGAAUAUUGUACUGAUUCAAAGUUCAGGCAUGACAAUGGUCUCAGUGAUCAAGCAUCUCUGAAAUUUGAUUCUUCUGCAAAAAUGAGCAUAGAUCAAAUUUCAGGGGCAGUGAGGACUUAUAAUUCUAAGGGCUUUUGUUCCUUGAGUGAAGAAUCAGGAUUAUCUAUCUUAACUGAUCAGUCAUCAGAAAGUCACAAUGUGUUGAAGAGUGGAAGUUUGUCAGGGGAAGCUGAAACUGAAAUCUCUCAGAUCUGUGAAAUGCAGCAAGAGUCAGAUGGGGUUGUGCAUGCCACAGAUGAUAAGGAUACUACAAUGCAGCUGAGGAACCCUGAGGAUGGCAGGAGGAACCCUGAGGGUGAUAAUCUUGAGAAUGAUAAGAAGCAAGAUGCUCUUGUAAUAAAACCUCCACCUCAUGCUGCUCCGUUCUCUGAUGAGUGGUUAGCUGCAUUUGAAUCUGCUGGGGAGGAAAUUCUGACCAUGAAAAGUGGAGCUGUACAACAUUCACCUCCUGAUAAAUCUCAACCUGAACCUGGUCCUUGGUCCCCGGUGAGAAGAAAAAAUAAUCAAGAGAUCGGACCAUUUGACUGUACUAAAUAUACCAACAUCCCACCUUCCAGUUCCCAAUAACCAUACGAGUUGUUUGGUGGUUUACUAACACAACUUGAUUGAUUCAAAAUCACGUCAUAUAAUUUUGUGCAAAUAAUAUUGCCUCCAGUUAACCCCUUGCUCUGCAAAAAUGCCUCAUUUUUUUUUCUUUGAUCUUUCUGCAACAAUCAAUGAACUGUAAUAUAGUAAGAUUUUAUCUGUAGCUCAUUCUUCAAUGGUAUUAGUCUAGAAAAUUUGAUAUAUUUAAUUCAAUAGAUGAGAUAUUAGUGUACACGAUUUAUAUUUAGACUUUGGAUAAAUGGUACAAGGAAUUUUCUUGGAAAA